CGGCGUGGGCAGACCCGGCGGGUUGGACCGCAGCCCCUCCGGUACCGGCUCCGUGCCUUGCCGAAGCCGCCACCUGCCCUCGACGAAAGACAGGGGCAGCCAUGGGCAAGCACAGCAGCAAACUGGCCCCAGAGAUGCUGGACGAUCUGGUGAGGAGCACAGAGUUCAGUGAGCAGGAGCUGAAGCAGUGGUACAAGGGCUUCCUCAAGGACUGUCCCACUGGCAUUCUCAACCUGGAGGAGUUCCAGCAGCUCUACAUCAAGUUCUUUCCCUAUGGAGAUGCCUCCAAGUUUGCCCAGCACGCUUUCCGCACCUUCGACAAGAAUGGUGAUGGGACCAUCGACUUCAGGGAGUUCAUCUGUGCCCUGUCUGUCACCUCCAGGGGCACCUUUGAGCAGAAACUCAAUUGGGCCUUUGAGAUGUACGACCUGGAUGGAGAUGGGAAGAUCACACGCUUGGAGAUGCUGGAGAUCAUUGAGGCCAUUUACAAGAUGGUGGGGACUGUGAUCAUGAUGAGGAUGAACCAAGAUGAGCUGACACCCCAGCAGCGUGUUGACAAAAUCUUUACAAAGAUGGACAAGGACAAGGAUGACCAGAUCUCCCUGGAGGAGUUCAAGGAGGCAGCAAAGAGUGACCCCUCCAUCGUCCUCCUCCUGCAGUGUGACAUGCAGAAAUAGAGCCCUGGGGGCUCAUUGCUGGACUGGCUGCAGCAAAUCUCUGCUCCUUGUGAUGGUUUUCACCCCCAUUUUCUUUUGAGUUCUGCCCCCCCUGCCCCGUGCCUGCUUGGCCCCAGCUGUGAGCCAUGCUCCAUCCCUCCUGCCACCAUUGGCCUCUGCUUCCAGCCCCGUCCUGGGCAGCCUGCAGUCCAUGGGCUGUAGUUCUCCCUCAAUGGGUAGAGCCUGCUCUGAGUGCUGCCAGCUUGAGGUUACCCCUAAACCAAGCCUCUUCCACCCGGGAGCUGGUCUCUCUGCAGCUGAGGGUGAGUGUCCCAGCUCCCCAGGGCCAACUGUUCCCUGCUACUUUCUCCCUGCUUUCCUCCACUGCUUCACCUGGCCCAUUCCCUGAACCUAACUGUGAUACCAGCUCUUUUCCCUGACUCCUCCUCAUUGAUGUGAUGUCUCCAAGGAGGCUGAAAAGUCCCAAAUUCUGGUCUCCUUUGCUGGCAGCUCCCAGCUGGGGAGCUCUGCCAGGGCACUGCACCCUCCCUGAGGGCUGGCUGCCCCAGCUCCCUCUGCCCAGCUUUAGCUUUUUCAUCUCUGCUUUUGCUGCUGGGAAUGGCCAGACUUGGUCAGGGGACUUGAGGGAGAGUGCAGAAGUGUCCAAGGCCACCCCUGGAUGGGCCCAGUGUCUGAUCCCAGAAGUCAGCUUCUGCCAGUUCACCUGUGUGAGCUGGCAGAGCAAGCAGGUGGCCUCCACAACUGCUCUGGCAGCAUCUUGGAUGCUUGAUGGAGUUUCUGGAUAUUGAGGUGAUGCCUGGAGCCCUAAAUCAAAGGCAGGGGUUGCCUGACUCCUCUGUGGGCUGCCCUGGGGUGAGGUGGGUGUUGAAGGCAGGUCCUGGUGCUGCUCCUGGUGUGUGGCACUGCUGUGGAGCUGUGGAGAGGUGUGGAUGGGUCCUCUACCCACUGAGCCUCCAGGCAGGCUCUGAAGCCACAAGAAACAUCUAUCUCCUUCCUUCCCCCCCAUCCCAACCUUCUGCUUCAGUCCCUCCUGCCCCAGGACAGGAACAUUGUGACAGAUUUGGUAUUUAGUCUGCACGUUGUGGUGUUGAUGACUGUGAUAUCUGUUCGGAGAUGGUGAAGUUAUAUAUUUUUUUAAUGGAAAAAAUAAACUGUCCUCUGUG